UCCUCCCUUCCUUCCCCCGCCAUGCUCCAGCUGUGGAAGGUGGUACGCCCAGCUCGGCAGCUGGAACUACAUCGCCUCAUAUUGCUGCUGAUUGCCUUCAGCCUGGGCUCCAUGGGUUUCCUGGCUUACUACGUGUCUACCAGCCCCAAGGCCAAGGAACCCUUGCCCCUGCCCUUGGGAGACUGCAGCAGUGGUGGGGCAGCUGGCCCUGGCCUUGCACGGCCUCCAGUUCCACCUCGGCCCCCCAGGCCCCCAGAGACAGCUCGAACUGAACCUGUGGUACUUGUGUUUGUGGAGAGUGCAUACUCACAGCUGGGGCAGGAGAUCGUGGCCAUCCUGGAGUCUAGUCGUUUUCGCUAUAGCACUGAGCUGGCACCUGGCCGAGGGGACAUGCCUACGUUGACUGAUCAUACCCGUGGCCGCUAUGUCUUGGUUAUUUAUGAGAACCUGCUCAAGUACGUCAACCUGGAUGCCUGGAGUCGGGAACUGCUAGACCGGUACUGUGUGGAGUAUGGUGUGGGCAUCAUUGGCUUUUUCCGAGCCCAUGAGCACAGCCUCCUGAGUGCCCAGCUCAAGGGCUUUCCCCUUUUUCUACACUCAAACUUGGGGCUCCGGGAUUACCAAGUGAAUCCUUCUGCCCCUCUACUGCAUCUCACACGCCCCAGCCACCUGGAGCCUGGGCCACUGCCUGGUGAUGACUGGACUAUCUUCCAAUCCAAUCAUAGCACGUAUGAACCAGUGCUUCUUGCCAGCCUUCGGCCAGCUGAACCCCCUGUGCCAGGACCAGUGCCUCGUCGGGCCCGGCUUCCCACUGUGGUACAGGACCUGGGGCUUCAUGAUGGCAUCCAGCGGGUGCUCUUUGGCCAUGGCCUUUCCUUCUGGCUCCACAAACUUAUCUUCGUCGAUGCUGUUGCAUACCUCACUGGCAAGCGCCUCUGCCUGGACCUUGACCGCUACAUCUUGGUAGAUAUCGAUGACAUCUUUGUGGGCAAGGAAGGAACUCGCAUGAAGGUGGCUGAUGUUGAGGCUCUGUUGACCACCCAGAACAAACUCAGGACCUUAGUCCCUAACUUCACCUUCAACUUGGGCUUCUCGGGCAAGUUCUAUCAUACUGGGACAGAGGAGGAGGAUGCAGGGGACGACAUGCUGCUGAAGCACCGCAAAGAGUUCUGGUGGUUCCCCCACAUGUGGAGCCACAUGCAGCCACACCUGUUCCACAAUCGCUCCGUGCUGGCUGACCAGAUGAGGCUCAACAAACAGUUUGCUCUGGAACAUGGGAUUCCCACGGAUCUGGGGUAUGCUGUGGCUCCCCACCACUCGGGCGUGUACCCCAUCCACACGCAGCUCUAUGAGGCCUGGAAAUCUGUGUGGGGCAUCCAGGUGACCAGCACUGAGGAAUAUCCCCAUCUCCGCCCUGCCCGCUACCGCCGUGGCUUCAUUCACAAUGGCAUUAUGGUGCUGCCCCGGCAGACAUGUGGCCUCUUCACUCACACAAUCUACUAUAACGAGUAUCCUGGAGGCUCUCGUGAACUAGACCGGAGCAUCCGAGGUGGAGAGCUCUUUCUGACGGUGCUGCUUAAUCCGAUCAGCAUCUUUAUGACCCAUCUGUCCAAUUAUGGAAAUGACCGGCUGGGCCUGUACACCUUUGAGAGCCUGGUGCGCUUCCUCCAGUGCUGGACACGGCUGCGCCUACAGACCCUUCCUCCUGUUCCUCUUGCACAAAAGUACUUUGAACUUUUCCCUCAGGAGCGAAGCCCGCUUUGGCAGAAUCCCUGUGAUGACAAGAGGCAUAAAGAUAUCUGGUCCAAGGAGAAAACCUGUGAUCGCCUCCCAAAGUUCCUCAUCGUGGGACCCCAGAAGACAGGGACCACAGCUAUUCACUUCUUCCUGAGCCUGCAUCCAGCUGUGACUAGCAGCUUCCCUAGCCCCAGCACCUUUGAGGAGAUUCAGUUCUUCAACGGCCCUAAUUAUCACAAGGGUAUUGACUGGUACAUGGACUUUUUCCCUGUCCCUUCCAAUGCCAGCACUGACUUCCUAUUUGAAAAAAGUGCCGCCUACUUUGACUCAGAGGUUGUACCACGGCGGGGGGCUGCCCUCUUGCCACGAGCCAAGAUCAUCACUGUGCUCACCAACCCUGCCGACAGGGCCUACUCCUGGUACCAGCACCAGCGAGCACAUGGAGAUCCAGUUGCUCUGAACUAUACCUUCUACCAGGUGAUUUCAGCCUCCUCCCAGGCCCCUCUGGCACUUCGCUCCCUGCAGAACCGUUGUCUUGUCCCUGGCUACUAUUCUACCCAUCUGCAGCGCUGGCUGACUUACUACCCCUCUGGACAGUUGCUGAUUGUGGAUGGGCAAGAGCUGCGUACCAACCCAGCAGCCUCAAUGGAGAACAUCCAGAAGUUCCUGGGUAUCACACCCUUUCUGAACUACACACGGACCCUCAGGUUUGAUGAAGAUAAGGGAUUUUGGUGCCAGGGACUUGAAGGUGGUAAGACUCGCUGUCUAGGCAGGAGCAAAGGCCGGAAGUACCCAGAUAUGGACACUGAGUCCCGCCUUUUCCUUACGGAUUUUUUCCGGAACCAUAAUUUGGAGUUGUCGAAGCUGCUGAGCCGGCUUGGACAGCCAGUGCCGUCGUGGCUUCGGGAAGAACUGCAGCAUUCCAGUCUGGGCUGAUGUCCCAGCCUUCUAUGCCAGCAAAAAGCCCCCUGUAUCCCUAAGGGGCAAGCCCAGAGCAGGGCCCACAAGGGGCUUAGGAUGGCCUGGCUCCUCCCCCUUCUACCUCAGUGGCCCCCAGGCCUGAGAUGGCUAAGAAGGGGGAAGGGUAUCCUUUUCCCAUAGUCCUGGGGCCUGAUAAAGGGGCUUCCCGUGGUACCCCAUUUCAUGGUACUAGGCACCUUUGACCCAUGAUCUUGGGAGGUGGGGAGGAGCGAGAGGGUCCGGGCAGGGUGUAGAGGAAUGUAUUAGUCCAAUGAUUUCCCUGUUCAUCCCCAGCAGUGUAUCUGUCUAUUCCUGGCUAUGGGAGGGGCCCCUUAAUGUGGCCCCUUUAGUCAGGUGGUGGGAUCUACCUGUGGCCCGGCCUCCCUAAUGUCAUUCACAUUGAAUGGGGAUGAGGUCGGACAGUGGCUCAUAGAGCUGAAUAUGAGCCCUAGCUGUGGGCUAGAAAUGUCCUUAAUAAACAUCCUUAUUUUUCUGUUU